GGACACUCAAGUAAAGCAUUUGUCUUCUUGCGGAACACUGUGCACUGUCACUGUAUGUGUACUCUAGCUUCUGUCCAUGGCUUUAUUACAGAUCACGUAAAUCGUGAAGUAUAAACAUGAGGAAUUUUAUUUCUGACUGGCAGGUGAUCAACGCUGCACUGAACUGCUUUCUUAUUUAAACCAUGUUCCUGAACUCCAAGCGACAAUGCUUUGGCUCUUUAUGUACAUCUUGUUCGGGGAUGCUCUUGUGGCCACAUUUGAGGUGAUUGUUCCUAAUAAACAUCUGCUGGCAAUCCGAGGUCGUCCAGCUGUACUGGGCUGUGAGUUCACAUCUGGUCCUGACCUCUCCAGCUUGGUUAUUACCUGGCAACGACAGGAGGACUCACGGGUUGUCCACAGUUUCUAUUAUCAACAGGACCAAUUGGACCGGCAAUGUCCAAAAUACCACAAUCGAACAUCAUUGUAUGUUUCAGAGCUUCAUAAAGGAAAUGCCUCUCUAAAAAUUGCAUCAGUUAGACCGAAAGAUGCAGGUUGGUACUUUUGCAUAGUAAACAAUGACAAGGGAACAGGAAGAGCCUUGAUAGAAGUGACUUAUGGAGCUCUUUACUCUGAGCCCAGGUUAAGCAUCCAUGUAAACUCCUCUGGUUUGAAAAUGCAGUUUGAGACAGAAGGUUUCCCCAAACCUGAGGUGAUUUGGCUGGGGGAACACAACCAGAACCUCAGCUAUUACCUGGAAAUCCAUGACCAAAUAGAAGAUGGACUUUAUUUCAUAAAGAGCAUCUGCGAGGCCCAGAAGGCAGUGGUUAAUGUCACAUUUACACUAAAGAAUCACCUCCUGAACCAGAACCUUCAGAGACCAGUGUGCCUCACCUAUGAUGAGGACUCCACAGACCAUGUGAUUAUUGUACUUGCUGUCCUCUCAGUGGUUUGCAUUCUUCUGGUCAUUGGCAUCAUUUGGUUAGCAGUGCACAAGCAGAACAAGGAGAGAUCUUCGCUGCGAUGAACAAUGAAAGUUAAUGAAUGGUGUUGGAGCUGUUCCCAAAAUGUCUGCAUGCAUGUUUAGACCUGUGCUAAACAUUACUGGCCUUAUUCAUGAAAUGCAAGCAGAGCAAAUGUUAAUUAAACUAUUCUUGCAUAAACUGAAAAUAAUUGCAAAAUGUGCUAAUGUUACGAAAUAAUGGAUUUCUAAAUAAUUUACACAGGUCAACAAAUGUCUGUAAGUGGGAGUCAUGUGGAUAUGUGCCAAAAGUCAUUUCCUAAUCUUUUUAAUGCUUUUUUAUUUAUUGACCCUUGUGAAUUUUUUAAUAAUUUUUAUAAUAAAUCCAUCACAUGGACUUUAUUCAAAAUAUAACAAUAUCAACAUGAUCCUCACACUUUUAAUUGUCGAUGAAAUAUUUAUUUUAACCACUGCAAAACAUAAUUCUGUACUGUACAAGUUAAAAUCACUUAUUGUGACAUAAGUAAUACACUGAACCUCUGCACAUGUUUAAGUUUGUACUUUUUAACCUAAAGCAGAAAUAAAACUAUGCAGACAA